AGGCAGAUAGACUGGGAGUGGCUAUGGGUGCUCACGCCCACCUUCCCCUCAGACCCUCCUCUCGCGCGGCGCGGAUGGAGGAGGUGGCGACGGCGGUGGCCUCUGGGCAGACCAUAUUGUCUGAAUUAAGUGCUUGACUGGAGUUGACAGAGAAUGGAAACACUCUCUUGGCAAUGUCUCUGGGAAGACUCCUCCGACGUGCCUCUUCGAAAGCAUCUGACCUCCUGACCUUAAAUGCCAGCAGUAGUGGUGGCGGUUCAUCUUCCGUCUUGGACGGGGAGAUUAUCUACUCCAAGAACAAUGUCUGUGUCCACACACCUGAGAUGCUGCAAGGCAUUGCAGAGCAUCACCCAGGCUAUUUGUGCCUGUACAUGGAGAAAGAUGAGCUGCUUGGAACCACACUUAUCUUGGCCUGGGUCCCAAAUUCCCGUAUUCAGAGACAGGAUGAGGAGGCCCUCCGCUACAUUACGCCAGAGAGCUCCCCAGUCCGUAAAGCCCCUCGCAAGCGUGACCGCCGUACUCAGGGUUUUGGCGCCCCUAUGCAGGCUUCCCCCUCUGAGCAGAAACAAGCUGUGACCCCAAAGGACGAAGAGGACAUUCUAACCAUGUCACAGCUGGUUAGAGAUGUGGCUCAUGUCUGCUCCCCUUCAGAGGAAGGGGAGAAGCUGUCCCAGGGUUGCUUGGCAACGGACAGCAUCCACGGCUCAGCUCAGCCUGCCCACAGUGACUCAGGAAUCUUAUCGACAAUCAGUUCUCUGGAGGAGCAGAACCGGCUGGAAGAAGGGCUGGAGGGCCAGCUGGAGACUGGAGAGGAUGAGGGCUCUUUGGAGUUGUCUGCCGAUGAUGUUAGCAGAGACAGCACCUUUGACUCGGACUCUGAUGCUUUCUCAUCUCCGUUCUGUCUCUCACCUGUAAGCGAAGCACUUGUGGAGAAUGUUGGCUCCAUGUUCCUGGUUAAUGAAAACAGAGAACCCUGUGAAAGCCGCCUGCCUCGCUCGGCCAGCUCCAACUCAAGCCUUGAUCCCACCUCACAAUUCCAGAAGAAUAAUGUACAAGUCCAGACCUCCCGGUGGGAUGAACAGCAGAAGGUGUUUGCCUUGGAACAGAUCUGUGGGGUCUUCAGAGUUGACCUGGGACAGAUGCGGUCUCUUCGCCUAUUUUUCAGUGAUGAGGUGUGCACCUGUGGGCAGCUGGUUGUUGCUAGCAGGGAAAGUCAAUAUAAGAUUUUCCACUUUCACCAUGGUGGCCUGGAUAAACUUUCUGAAGUGUUUCAGCAGUGGAAAUACUGCACAGAGACCCAUCUCAAAGACCAGCAGCUCAGUGAUGAGAAGACCUGCAUGCAGUUCUCAAUCCGCCGGCCCAAGCUGCCCUCCUCAGAGACCCACCCAGAGGAGAAUGCUUACAAGCGCCUAGAUGUCUCUGCAUGGCUCCAUCACCUAAAUGAGGCUGGACAGGUGGAAGAAGAGUACAAGCUGAGGAAGGCUAUUUUCUUUGGUGGGAUCGAUGUCUCCAUCCGUGGUGAAGUCUGGCCUUUCUUGUUGCGGUACUAUAGCUAUGAAUCCACUUCAGAAGAGAGGGAGGCACUCCGAGUGCAGAAGAGACAGGAAUACUUUAAGAUCCAGCAAAAAAGACUCUCCCUGGCACCAGAUGAGCAGAAGGCAUUCUGGCGGAAUGUGCAGUUCACAGUCGACAAAGAUGUGGUGAGGACCGACCGCAGUAACCAGUUCUUCCGAGGAGAGAACAACCCCAAUGUGGAAACAAUGAGGCGGAUCUUGCUGAACUAUGCAGUGUACACUCCUGCCAUUGGCUACUCCCAGGGGAUGUCUGACCUUGUUGCCCCCCUUCUGGCAGAGGUCCUGGAUGAAUCUGAUACUUUCUGGUGCUUUGUGGGUUUGAUGCAGAACACUAUCUUCAUCAGCUCUCCUCGUGAUGAGGAUAUGGAGAAACAACUGAUGUACCUGCGAGAGCUGUUGCGGCUGAUGCAUGCGCGCUUCUUCCACCACUUGGUCUCCCUUGGGGAGGAUGGCUUACAGAUGCUCUUCUGUCACCGCUGGAUCCUCCUCUGCUUUAAGCGCGAGUUUCCUGAUGCCGAAGCUCUCCGUAUAUAAGCCUGCUGGGCUCACUACCAGACAGACUACUUCCAUCUCUUCAUCUGUGUGGCUAUUGUGGUGAUCUAUGGAGACGAUGUCAUUGAACAGCAGUUGGCCACUGAUCAGAUGUUGCUGCACUUUGGGAACUUGGCCAUGCACAUGAAUGGGGAGCUCAUACUCAGGAAGGCUAGAAGUUUGCUGUAUCAGUUCCGCUUGCUGCCACGGAUCCCAUGCAGUCUGCAUGAUCUGUGUAAACUGUGUGGAACAGGCAUGUGGGACAGUGGCUACAUCCCUGCCGUGGAGUGUACUGGGAAUCACCCAGAUUCAGACAGCUGUCCUUACGGGGGCAUGGUGGAUGAACCUUCUCCCAAGCCAGGAAAUGAAGGCAAGAAGGGACUGAAAACACAUGAGGUCUUCACUUUCCGGAAAUGAUACCUCUGGGCUAUGGUCAUGUGGAGACUGGAGAAGAAAUGGGCACAAAAGAACUUGGCACAAUUGAGGCACUUCUCAAAUAACGUCAAAAGAAGAGAGGAGGGGGAUGCUUCUCCUCAGAUUCCCAAAGGAGAUGGACGAAUGGAUGGGUGCAGAAAGGAGAUGGUGCAGAAUAAAAGAGUCUCCUUUGUGGUUAAAGCUGGAUCUUGACUUGAUGUGUGUCAUAUACCAGAAAGGAUGUUGGUCAGACUGUCACAGUGUUUUUGUUGUUGCUUUACAGUUCAGAACAUUUUGAAGGCAGUCCACAAGAGGAAUCAGAGUCCCAGGUGACAGAGGACUCACCACCACUGCCUGCCAUAGGAGAACGUAGACUGCUUAAGACAAUGAGCCUGCAACCAGCAACAUGGUAGAUGAAGGGGCGAUGCUUAUCCAGCCCCUUCAUCCCAAGGAUACCCAUGCGCCUGUUACACACCCAUGUUGCUUUAACCAAAACACCAUGGCUCACUGGCUUCUGCAUAAAGCCACCUGGAAUAUAGUCUACCAAAAAUAAUAAUAAUAAUAAAAUUGCGAACUUGAGGUUCCCAAGGGAAAUAUUACAGUGUAUGUGUAUCGGCGUGUCCAAAGCAUGAUCACUAUAUUUUUCAAAGCCCUUUAUUUUUAUUCUUUUCAUAUACAGAACUUGUUUCCUGUAGGUCAAAAAUCAAAAUUUUGCCGUUACAAAAGUUGAAAUCUACAAGGCCACUGUGAUUAUAAUAAAUUAUGCAAAAUUACA